AUGAGCCACUGGUUUAGGGCUCAGAGUACGGAGGCCCCCGAGGGACAGAGGCCAGAGCAGAGGACUCUCACGGACUGGACAGACUUUCCCACAACCAAGAACACAAACAGAAGAGGGCAGAGGGAAGACCCCCUGAAAGACCCGCUUUGUGCCGAGCUCAGGAGCACGCGCUCAGCUCCACAGAGACCACGCCCCCCACACGCUCAGCUCCACAGAGACCACGCCCCCCACACGCUCAGCCCCACAGAGACCACGCCCCCCACACGCUCAGCCCCACAGAGACCACGCCCCCCACACGCUCAGCUCCACAGAGACCACGCCCCCCACACGCUCAGCUCCACAGAGACCACGCCCCCCACACGCUCAGCCCCACAGAGACCACGCCCCCCACACGCUCAGCCCCACAGAGACCACGCCCCCCACACGCUCAGCUCCACAGAGACCACGCCCCCCACACGCUCAGCUCCACAGAGACCACGCCCCCCACACGCUCAGCUCCACAGAGACCACGCCCUCCACAGAGACCACGCCCCCCACACGCUCAGCCCCACAGAGACCACGCCCCCCACACGCUCAGCUCCACAGAGACCACGCCCCCCACACGCUCAGCUCCACAGAGACCACGCCCUCCACAGAGACCACGCCCUCCACACGCUCAGCUCCACAGAGACCACGCCCUCCACAGAGACCACGCCCCCCACACGCUCAGCUCCACAGAGACCACGCCCCUCCACACGCUCAGCUCCACAGAGACCACGCCCUCCACAGAGACCACGCCCCCACACGCUCAGCUCCACAGAGACCACGCCCUCCACACGCUCAGCUCCACAGAGACCACGCCCUCCACAGAGACCACGCCCCCCACACGCUCAGCUCCACAGAGACCACGCCCCCCACACGCUCAGCUCCACAGAGACCAUGCCCUCCACAGAGACCACGCCCCCCACACGCUCAGCUCCACAGAGACCACGCCCUCCACACGCUCAGCUCCACAGAGACCACGCCCUCCACAGAGACCACGCCCUCCACACGCUCAGCUCCACAGAGACCACGCCCUCCACAGAGACCACGCCCCCCACACGCUCAGCUCCACAGAGACCACACCCUCCACAGAGACCAUGCCCUCCACACGCUCAGCUCCACAGAGACCACGCCCUCCACAGAGACCACGCCCUCCACACGCUCAGCUCCACAGAGACCACGCCCCUCCACACGCUCAGCUCCACAGAGACCACGCCCCUCCACACGCUCAGCUCCACAGAGACCACGCCCCCCACACGCUCAGCUCCACAGAGACCACGCCCUCCACACGCUCAGCUCCACAGAGACCACGCCCUCCACAGAGACCACGCCCUCCACACGCUCAGCUCCACAGAGACCACGCCCUCCACACGCUCAGCUCCACAGAGACCACGCCCUCCACAGAGACCACGCCCUCCACACGCUCAGCUCCACAGAGACCACGCCCUCCACAGAGACCACGCCCUCCACACGCUCAGCUCCACAGAGACCACGCCCCCCACACGCUCAGCUCCACAGAGACCACACCCUCCACAGAGACCACGCCCUCCACACGCUCAGCUCCACAGAGACCACGCCCUCCACAGAGACCACGCCCUCCACACGCUCAGCUCCACAGAGACCACGCCCCUCCACACGCUCAGCUCCACAGAGACCACGCCCCUCCACACGCUCAGCUCCACAGAGACCACGCCCCCCACACGCUCAGCUCCACAGAGACCACGCCCUCCACACGCUCAGCUCCACAGAGACCACGCCCUCCACACGCUCAGCUCCACAGAGACCACGCCCUCCACAGAGACCACGCCCUCCACACGCUCAGCUCCACAGAGACCACGCUCCCCACACGCUCAGCUCCACAGAGACCACGCCCUCCACACGCUCAGCUCCACAGAGACCACGCCCCUCCACACGCUCAGCUCCACAGAGACCACGCCCUCCACCUUCUCCACCUUCUCCACCUUCUCCACCUUCUCCACCUUCUCCACCUUCUCCACCUUCUCCACCUUCUCCACCUUCUCCACCUUCUCCACCUUCUCCACCUUCUCCACCUUCUCCACCUUCUCCACCUUCUCCUUCCAUCCACUGACAAAACUUAUCUGGCUUCAGCCCAGUAGCUUGGAGUAA